AUUUGGCAGUGCGGCGGCUCCCUUGAGAUUGUCACCUGCUCGCAUGUUGGCCACGUUUUCCGAAAGGCAACUCCUUACACCUUCCCUGGCGGCACAGGACACGUCAUUAACAAGAACAACAGGAGACUGGCAGAGGUCUGGAUGGAUGAGUUUAAGGACUUCUUCUAUAUAAUAUCUCCAGGUGUUGUUAAGGUGGAUUAUGGUGAUGUAUCCAUCAGAAAAGCACUGAGAGAAAAUCUGAAGUGUAAACCUUUCUCAUGGUACUUGGAAAACAUCUAUCCUGAUUCCCAGAUUCCACGGCGCUAUUACUCCCUUGGUGAGAUCAGGAAUGUUGAAACCAACCAGUGUUUAGACAACAUGGGCCGCAAGGAAAAUGAAAAAGUGGGCAUUUUCAACUGCCACGGCAUGGGAGGAAAUCAGGUCUUUUCCUACACUGCUGACAAAGAGAUCCGCACGGACGACUUGUGCCUUGAUGUCUCAAGGCUGAAUGGCCCCGUCGUCAUGCUGAAGUGCCACCACAUGAGGGGGAACCAGCUCUGGGAGUACGAUGCUGAGAAGCUCACCCUGAGGCAUGUCAACAGCAACCAGUGUCUGGAUGAGCCGUCAGAGGAGGACAAGAUGGUUCCCACCAUGAGGGAGUGUGGUGACAGCCGUUCCCAGCAGUGGCUGCUGCGCAACAUGACCCUGGGUGCCUGA